GCAUGGACAUGUAUCUAUCAACAAGACCAACGAGGUUCCCAUCUCUCCAAUCUGGAAUUGAAUGGCACACUCGCUCCCGCACAAUCCGCAACACAACAUCCGCUCGUGCCUCUGUGCCAUCCCUAUUAUAUGAAGAACAAGACGCCACUGACGCCUCCCGCCCUUGGGUGUGGCGGACCAAUCUCUCCGCUACCAAACCCUUCUGGGAGAAUUGGUUUGUUGGCUUGAGUCGAAAAUUUCUGGAUGCCCGAGGCGGCAAGCUCCUCUUACUUGCCGGCACGGAUCGGUUGGAUAAAGAAUUAAUGAUUGGUCAGAUGCAAGGCAAGUAUCAACUUCAGGUAUUUCCUGAAGCGGGUCACUUUGUUCAUGAGGACCAGCCUGUAAAGACCGCACAGAUUCUGGCUGAUUUCUACCGGCGAAAUGACCGUAGUGCAUUAGUGCUUCCGCCGAAGGUUGCCGAUAUGCAAGCAUCUGCUGCUAUGAAAAAGGGAAAUACUGCAGGUAGCUCCGCUGCACUCAAAUAG